GGGGAGCGCCGCUGCGCUGCGGCUCGCGCCACCGGGCGUUGCGGGCCGUGACGGGAGGCUGACAUGCCCGGGAGCUGAGAGGCUGUGCCGCCGGGUAUUCUGUGGAUUUACUCUUCAACAAUAUUACACACUGCAGUAAUACAGUUAUGGCGGCUUUCCAGCCUCUCAGGAAUAGUCGCCUAAAGAGUAAAGCAUCUGUCCGAAAGAGCUUCAGUGAAGAUGUGUUCCAGUCUGUAAAGUCUUUAUUACAGAGCGAGAAGGAGCUAUGCAGUGUAUCAGGAGGAGAGUGUUUAAACCAGGAUGAGCACCCCCAGUUAACUGAGGUCACCUUUCUGGGCUUUAAUGAAGAAACAGAUGCUGCUCAUAUGCAGGAUCUAGCUGCAGUUUCACUGGAACUUCCAGAUCUUCUGAAUUCGCUCCAUUUCUGCAGCCUAAGUGAAAAUGAAAUCAUUUGUAUGAAGGAUACCAGUAAAUCGUCCAAUGUAAGCAGUAGUCCUCUAAAUCAGAGUCAUCAUUCGGGAAUGCUUUGUGUCAUGAGAGUGUCACCUACAUUACCAGGACUCAGAAUUGAUUUUAUCUUUAGUCUCCUAAGUAAAUAUGCUGCUGGCAUAAGACACACCCUGGACAUGCACUUGCAUCAGAAGCACCACCUUGAGACCACUGAUGAAGAUGAGGAUGAUACCAACCAGUCUGUGUCUUCCAUAGAGGAUGACUUUGUCACUGCUUUUGAGCAGUUAGAGGAGGAAGAGAAUGCAAAGCUAUAUAAUGAUGAAAUAAAUAUUGCUACACUAAGGAGCCGGUGUGAUGCUGCUUCUCAGACUACUUCAGGCCACCAAUUAGAAAGCCAUGAAUUAAAAGUACUAGUUAGUUAUGGAUCACCAAAGUCAUUGGCUAAGCCCUCACCUUCAGUAAAUGUUCUGGGACACAAAGAAGCUGCUUCUGUGAAAACAUCUGUUACAACAUCGGUUUCAGAGCCCUGGACCCAAAGGAGUCUCUACAGGUCCCCCAGUGCCUCAGAUAAAGGCAAGGACACACAGGAGACAUUCUUUCCUUCUCCUGUCCACUCCUCAGAGUCUGAGUGUUCAAGCCCAAGUCCUGUGAUUUUUUUGGAUGAAGAGGGAUAUCAAAAAAGUUUAAAAGCGAAACUUGAGCUGCCUGAAAUUCCUGUGACAAAAGAUGAUGUAGAAGAUUCAGACUCAGAAGUGAGUGAAUUUUUUGAUAGCUUUGAUCAGUUUGAUGAACUAGAGCAAACUUUGGAGACUUACCUGUUCAUGGAAGAUCCUAUCAUAGGGAAGUCAUCACAGAAGAUAGGGCACAAAUAUGAAAAAUCUUGUAUGAACCCUCAGAAAUUCAAGUUUGAGCGUCCAGCUCUUCCAGCUAAUGUUAGAAAGCCAACUCCUCGCAAACCUGAGUCGCCAUAUGGUCACCUGUCUGAUGCUCCAGAUUCCCCUCGUCCAGUGAUGGCAUCAGAGGACAGUGGCUUGUUCAGCCCUAUUCGAACCUCAGCUUUUAGUCCUCCUGGAGGCUGCACUCCUGCUGAAUGGCUUUGCCAAACAGAUACUAGUGAAAAUAGGAAUCAUGAAAAUUACUGCACUUAUGAAGAUUAUGCAAAUAAUCUUUCGUGUGAAGUAGUAGGCUCAGUUCUUCAUUCUCAUGCAAACACGAUGUCAGGUAUUAACAGUAUUAACAGGGGAAGAAAUAAUACUGUAACUUUUAAGCAUGGAGACUCUGAUCAAAAAAGUAAAUGUAAAAAAUCUUCAGUGAUUACAGAUAGCGUUCAGAAGUUUGCAGCAGACCUUGUGGGGAAAAGUUUGGGCAGUGCAUUUAAAGACUUACAGAAAGGAGUUUCUUCAUGUACCAAUACAUUGUGCCACUUAGCUGUCAAAUUGACAUCGUCUGUAUUUCAGAUGGCAUUUAAUGAACUUAGAAGGCAGUGUGCAUUUUCACUGAAAGAACGAGCCAUUGGUAGCCUGGCCAGUCUUUUGGUGAGUGAUGCCUUAUCAAAUGCCUUGAAAGACUUACAGUAUGUAAAAAAGCAGAUGUUUACAAACACAGUUGCUAGAUUUGCUGCGGACCUUGCUGAAGAACUUGUUUUUGAAGGUAUCAUGGAAGUGUGUCAGUUUUCAUGUCCUCAAACACCUGCAUCUUCACACUGUCAGUCAUUUGACUUUGAAGACAAAGUCCUGAAGUCCUAUGCCAAAGAUUUGUCUGAAUCUGUUAUACAAGAAGCAUUCAUAGAGCUGUCACAGACUAACGUGACUUUUACAACAAAGGCAGCAGUUAAUGUUUCUAUGGGUAAUGUCAAGUACGUGAGUGCAGAAAGUGUAGUGUCACCUACGCAGACCUUUACAUUUUCCUCAUCCUUUAGCAGUCAAGCAGUUAUGAUGACAAAACCAAUGCAGGAGCAUAAGAAGGAAUACACAGUGCAGCAGGCUUUGUUUUGUACCUCAGGAAUUGUCACUUCUAUACCAGUGCCCUUGGCAGGUAGUGCCCUUCUCCCGUAUCAUAUGUCAUCUACUUUGUAUCCUUCCAAGUGUCUUUCAUCUGAGCCUAGUAAAGCAAGUGGUGGCUCUACCCAAGAACACAUUGCCAUAGAAAGCAGUGCAGAGGAAGUGGAUUGUCUCAGAAAUACCUGUCUACCUUCAGAACUCAAUCCAUGCAACCAGAAUGACUUCAAGCCAACUACCGGUGAUAUGGACACGCAGAGUCCUUCAAAAUUAAUGAGUGGCCCUGUAAUUAUUAGCAACUUUUCCGCAGCAAUGGUACAUACAAUAGUAAAUGAAACCUUAGAGUCCAUGACAUCCUUCAAAGCUACAAAAACUGUUGAUACAAAUGCAGAUUAUUUAACUAAAACAAUAAAGGGAAAAGCCUGUUCUCUUCCCCUUUGUGACCAAGCAGCACCACAACAGAACAAAGCUAGCAGUAAGGACAUGUUUGCUGAGCAGUUAUCAAAGUCUAUUAUUAAACAUUCCCUGGAUAAAAGCAAGUCAAUGCUUCCAGAUAUAGAUAAAAAAACAGGUAGUAAGGAAUGCAUGCUUGUUCUUGGAGAAGAAUCACAGUUGACCUUGGGGGAAACUCCCAAAUUCCUUGACUUUUCAGAUAACUCACCUCAGCGUUCACUCUUGGUCAGAAACUAUUGUGUCCCAGAAUGUAAAGAUUCUGUGGGUUUUGGAUUUUCUCUAGAGACACUGCCACCUUGUUCAAUGAUGACAAAUCAGAAAUCUGACUUGAAGGAAGUUGUGAAGGACAAAGCAGUGACAAGGCACAAUUUGAAUAAUACUGCACUUGAGAACAUGCCUUUUGGACAGGAAAGCUCUUUCCGUCACUCACAGACUUUAUCAUCUGCAGUGCUUACCUGUGUAGAUAGUUUGCAUGUGGAAGAUAAGCAGAAAAUCAGAGACAGAAAUGUAAUACCUGAUACUCCCCCAUCAACUCCUUUAGUACCAUCCCAGACUAGUUCUGAAUGGGACAUCAAAAAAUUAACCAAACAACUCAAGGGGGAGUUAGCUAAAGAAUUUGCACCUGCAACACCACCUUCAACGCCUCACAACUCAUCUGUUGGUAGUUUGUCUGAGAAUGAACAAACUACUAUAGAAAAGGAAGAAUUUAUGUUGAAACUCAUGCGUUCUCUUUCAGAAGAAGUUGAGAGCAGUGAAGGUGAAGAACACCCAGAAAUGCAUGUAAAGUCAGAGUACUCGGGGAAAAAAGUUCAGUUUGCAGAAGCAUUAGCUACACACAUCAUUUCUCUUGCAACUGAAGUGGCAGCCUCUCACUUAGAUCAUGAGAUCACUCAAGAAUUCAAGGUUCAAAACCCUCACUUAAAUGUACCAAGUCAAAGAAAUGUGCUGUCAGCUUUAGGUCAUUCAGAUGAAAGCAUACAGAGGUGCACUUUUGCAAGUGAUAUGGCAGCUGAUGUCAUUGCAGAAGCCGAGAAGAUUGUAAAUGCUAGAAGCUAUAUGCUUUUCAGGCAUGAGAGGAACAUUUGUCAUGUUGAAGGUGACCGAGGUAAAGCAGAAGAGAAGCUGGAUGUGAAGGAUGUUGCACAUCCAAGAGAAGUCGAUACAUGUGUUCUUUCAUUACCAAGUGGCAUGCCAGGUCUGACAUACAAGUACCCCAGUUGUGAAAGUGUGACUGAUGAGUAUGCAGGGCAUGUUAUUCAAGUGCUCCAACAGGAAGGUGGCAGUGGUGAGCUAAUCAUGGAUCAGUAUGCCAGUAGACUGGCCUACCGGUCUGUCAAGUCAGGAGUGCGAGAAGCAGCUAAGACAGUAAAAAUGAAGUGUGGUUUAAAACUGUUCCCUCUGCACAGCUCUCAUGUGAAAACAAACAAGGAACUGUUGGUGUUCUCAAGUAAAGAGCAUUGCCAAGAAGUAGAUAGACAAAGAAAAAGAAGUGACAGCCAUCUUUGCAAAUACCACACAUGUGAAAGGACACAGGAUCCUUGUAGAAAUGAACUUUCUGAACUGUACAGUUUUUCAGCCUCUCUUGCUAGCAGCAUAACAAGAGAUGCAAAGAAGCAGCUGACAGCACCUAAAGUUGACUUGCCAAGUUCCUCAACAGAUGGUUGUCUAUUUGAAAAAUCUGAAUGUGUUGACAGCAGUGAGAGUGUUACUGGACCAGAACUUUCAAAGUCUUGUCAACCUUUGCAAAACCAUGGAUUUUGCCAGCAUACGGGCUGUCUAAGUGGAUAUAGUUGUGCAGAAAAUGCUCAAGCUGUAGAACAGUAUGCUAGGAAAGUAGUGGGUGACACUUUAGAGCUAACUUUAGGACCCACGGCUUUUCAUAAUUCAGAGACCACAACAUCAGCAGAUAGGGUUACUUAUGCAGAAAAAUUGUCACCGCUUAUAAAUGAAGCUUGCAGAUACUGUGACCUUAAGGAAUUCCGUGGUUGCACCAGAAAUUCUGCUCAGCUCUUUUCAAAGCAGAGUCUGUGUGCUAGUGCUAAGCCAAGUUCACGUUCAAAACUUAGUAGCAUUCGUCAGAAAUCAAGAAUUUUUCAUCUUGAUGUACCUCAAAUUCAUGUUAAUCUUGAUAAAAGGGCAGUGCUUGCAGAGAAGAUAGUUGCCGAAGCUAUUGAGAAAGCAGAGAGAGAGUUGAGCAACACGAGUUUGGCAGCUGAUAGUGGAAUCGGACAAGAUGGCAUUAGCUUUGCUGAGAGCCUUACCACAGAAAUCAUGACAACCGCUGUGACAAAUGCCGGGCAUGCUGUUAGCAGUUCAAGAGAAAUAGAAGAUUUUCAGUCAACAGAGUCACUUGGCAGCCAGCAGAUGAAUCUCAGUGUUGGCGAGGACAGCACUGGUAGCUGGUCCAACUUAAGUUUUGAGGAUGACCAUCAAGAUGAGAGCAGCAGUUUCCAUCAUCUCAGUGAAAGCAGUAAUGGUAACAGCAGUAGCUGGAGCAGUCUUGGUUUAGAAGGAGAUUUGUAUGAGGACAAUUUAUCCUUUCCAACAUCAGACAGUGAUGGACCGGAUGAUGGAGAUGACGAGCAGGAGGAUGGUGCGGAAGAUUUGCAGCAAAAUGGAAAGACUCUGCUAAUUAUGAACAUUGACAUGGAGCCUGGAGCUGUAGACCCACAACUAAGGAUUAUUCUUCAGUGGCUCAUUGCCUCUGAGGCUGAAGUUGCAGAACUUUAUUUUCAGGACUCUGCAAAGAAGGAGUUUAUAUUACUUUCAAAGCAGUUACAAGAGAAAGGAUGGAAAGUGGGAGAUGUCCUGCAGGCUGUGCUUAAAUACUACGAAGUGGUGGAAAAAACCUCAAGGGAGGAAAGAUGCAAGUCGCUGUUUGAUUGGCUUUUAGAGAAUGCCUAGAACAGACUCCAGACCAGUAUAUUUUAUUGCUUGUUUUAGAAAGUAAAGAAACUGAUGAUUUACAUGUAGGAUAAAAUUCAAAUGCAGAAUAUUAACAUUUUAAUUGAAUUGAGAGGAAAGUAAAAGCUUUUAAAAUGCUUUCUGUCAUUACACUGUAUAUAGUUCAUACUUUUGUAAUCUUUGUCAAGAUAUUCUCUUUACUUAAUCUUCUGUACAUGUGUAUGUGUUAUGACCCUGAGAUAAUAUUCUGUGAAGGAUGAUCUCACCCUGCCUGAGGCUGGGGCAUGGUCUGACAGCAUCUGUUUGGAUCCACAUAGUGCUGCUGCUGCUGCUGCUGCUGCUGUUGCUGCAAACAGGGCUGAGGUGACCGGCCUGGCCCAAAUGAUCACUUGGUUCCUUUGAAACCCAGUGGCGUCUAAUGAUAAGUCAUCUGACAUCAAGGAAGAAAACUGAGGCUGAUAUUUUGUUAUUUAUUUCUGAUAAGUUUGUAUUCUUUUAUGUACUAUUCUUUAAAACUAGUUUUAUUUCCCUAGUUCAGCUAUUGGUACUUAUAGAUUUCCCAGACCUUUAAUUUCUUAGCAGACUCAUUAGUAAUUUAGGUUUCUGUGAACAUCAUAAAUGAGUUCCCCUUGCCUUCCAUCAAGUGAUGUUAUUUGCUAAUACUGCCAAUUGUUCUGAAAUGAGAAGGAGCCGGGGAUGGAGAGGAAGGUUUUGAGAGAAAGAGAAUGUGUGUGUGUGUGUGUGUGUGUGUGUGUGUGUGCGUGCGCGUACACACACACACACACACACACACACACACGCAUACACGAUAAACUUUAACCUUCCCACUAGUUUAUUCUUUUACUUUAGUGUUUUCCUAGUUAGAAAACCACUAUUAACAUUAAAUAAAACAUCUAAAUAUUGUGCAGUAAGAAUUUUGUCUUUUUGAUUUAUUCCACAAAUGAAAAUUCAGGUUGUAAAAUAAAUUGAAAUUUUAAAAAUUAAUGUAGAAAUGUACUCAAAGGAACCUAGUAAUAAUUUUCUGUGUUGGAUUUUUGAAGAAGGAAACAAAAACCUUCCUCCUUCACCAAGAGUAAUUUCUUUUAGCUAAGUGGUUCUUAACCUUCCUACCUGCAACCCUUGAGUACAGUUCCUCAUGUUGUGGUGACCCCCAACCAUAACAUUAU